AUGCCCAUUCAUGAGGGAACAUUUAUCCAUCUUGUUGUCACCAACGACAAUCCAACCGCUGCCAAAGAGAAAGCCGUGGAGAUCAAUCAUGGAGCAGAUACCCAGCUUCAUCGGUCUCUGGGGAUUCGCUAUCUCACUAUGAUAGCUUUCGGGUCGGCCAUCGGAAUGGGAAUGUGGUUGGGAAGUGGACAGGCCCUGAUCCGAGGAGGGCCUGCGGCGUUGUUUAUUGGUUACGUGAUCAGCAGUUCAAUGAUCUGGGCUAUUUUCAAGAAAACAGACAAAACCGGUAGAUCCUGGGCAGGUUACGUCCUCACUCUGACAAUGGACGGCGCCCUUGCAUACCUCAACGUGUCUCAUACAGGUGCAGAGGUGGUUUCCUGGCUGCCAAGUCGAGUCUCCCUCCUGACCCUGUUCGGUUGGGCCAUGAUCUGUCUUUCUCAUUUGCGGUUCCGGUACGCUUGGAAGCUACAGGAGCGCUCAGACGCUAGCAGAGUUGAUAACUAG